AAGAUCCCCAAAUUCGAAACAACACCGAGUACUGGACGCUCUGCUUCUCUAUUUUCUCUCUACAAGACUGAGUUUGUCAACUCGGGCGAGGAUUGAGUCAUGGGCGGCGAGUUACGCUACGAGAUCGCACAGAACGCGUACAUAAAGCUCGUACUCCACGCCCUCAAGCACAAGACCUCCGCCGUCAACGGCAUCCUACUCGGCCGCGUUUCCCCUCAAAACGACGUCGUCGAGAUCACCGACUCCGUCCCUCUCUUCCACUCCCAGCUCGGCCUCCUCCCCCAGCUCGAGAUCUCCCUCAUCCUCAUUGAGGAGCAUUUCGCUGCGAAAGGAGUGAGCAUUGUCGGGUACUUCCACGCGAACGAGAGGUUUGAUGAUCAGGAGCUUGGGAGCCUGGCCAAGAAUGUUGGCGAUCACAUUUAUCGCUACCUUCCUCAAGCUGCGGUGCUCUUGUUAGAUAACAAGAAGCUUGCAGCUUUGUCAAAAACUAAGGACCGGAGCCCCGUGGUUCAGCUUUACACGAAAGAUGCUUCUAGGAUUUGGAAAUUAGUUGGAUCAGAUGGAAAUCAGUUGACAAUGAAGGAGCCCUCAGCCAAUGUUGUUCUAUUGGAUCACAUUUCAACUGAAAAAUGGCAGGAUGUUGUAGAUUUUGAUGAUCACCUUGAUGACAUUAGCAAGGAUUGGCUGAACCCAGAGCUCUUCAAGUAAACUAGGCAUUAAUAGCUUCAUCCUAUGCAUCAGAGCAAGAUAGACCGACCUGAAGCUCCUCGAUUCCUUGUUUUAUGAGAAUUUUUCGAGAUGUAAAAAACUGGAUAAACAGCCAUCUCAUACUUUAAAAAGUCUCCAAACUCGAAUAGUAUCUUUGCGCCUCUGAGAGCAUUUCAGUUGU